AUCACUGACGUUUAUAUGCGACGUGUUGUUCGUUUGACAUUUCAGAAAAUUAGUUUUGCUUUGCUGGAUUCUAAUCGAGUUUCACUUUUACAUACGUGUCAACAGUUUGUGCACGACUAGGCUGUAAAGCCUUUAAUUUUAUAAUCAUUGACAAAUAUAACUGGUAAUCACUUAAAAUGGCGCCAAAGCAGAGGAUGCGUAUUGCUAAUGAAAUCGCCAGCAAAAAUAUCACAAUGAGAGGAAAUGUACCAAAAACAACAAAGGAAAAGGAAGACCAAUACCCCGUUUCUCCCUGGCUCUUAGCACUCUUCAUCUUCGUUGUCUGUGGCUCCGCUGUCUUCCAACUCAUACAAUCUAUAAGACUUGCCUAACUGUGAUCCCAAUAGAAAAACUGUGGCAUCUACAUUCUACAUUCAAAAACUUUCCAUGACCUUCUUUGACCUUUGCUCAGUCUAUAAAUAACUUUCUCUGCCACAGAUAACAAAAAAAAAAUUACUCCUG